UUUAUCUGGGUCACUUUUACACUAAACACCUGCAUGUUAUACAACACUUGUGUAAUCUAACCAAAUAUGGUAUUUUUGGAUAAACUUGCUUGAUGAGACUUACUGAUGCCAAGAGCUCUAGUUGAGAGGGGCGGAUGCCUGGAAGCCUAGCCCGGCCCGCUGGACUUACAUGCAUCCUGCUAUUGUUAAAUGGUAUAUAAGAGCAGGGGGUUCCACACUUUGGUAGAGUCUACUGCGGGUCACGUACGAGACGCCCAGGGGUUACACAAGGGACCUACCGGGGUGUUGGCUCUCCACCUAUUGGCGACGAUCCAUGUCCGGAGUGUGGGCUCUAGAGUGGCUGAUUGGGCGACCCCUGAAGGCUCCUAGCGGGGACGGUAGUAGACAACACUAUGGGCCCCCGUGAUGGAAGACCCGGACCUGGAAAAUGACGUCUGUUUGGCCAUCAUGUGCCUUGCCUUCUGUGUCAUGGUGACCGGCUGUUAUGGGGUGACAGAGGGACAGGUGCUGGAAGAAGUCCCUCAAUUCACCACGGGAUGGAAGAAUGGCACUGGCAAUAGAACCCAAGAUGAGUAUACCUGUCUAGCUUUUCAGGUAUGCUCAGUAGCUAACCUGACCAGUUCAACUCAGGUAUGGCGGUGUAAAGACUGUCGACGAGGUCAGAAUGUGCCUGUAAUGGAAACUGGCGCUAAUAUGACUAUAACUGCAUCUGUGAGAUUGUGUUUGUGGAACACUACAGGAAAGAUCUGUGUACCACAGUAUAAUGGACACGUUCUAUGUUAGCUAACCCAGGUCAAGCGUCAUCAAAUGGGUUGUUACAACUAGGACAUUGGUUACCAACAUCUAUAGUAGGUCAAAAGGAAAACAGUGAUUUGUGGGCACAAGCUUUACGUUGGCAAAUUGAUGUAAUUAACGCUACUGGAGAGGUAUUAGAGAAUGUGACUAAAACUCUAAACUGGACAGUUUGUAAUAUGCAAAUGAUUCAUGCUAAAUUACAACAAGAGCGAUUCGAGCGAAUCUUAACAAGUGAAAAUCCCUCUGAGUGGCGGCGAAUCUGGAAUAUGACAAAUGAUAAAUGGAUAAAGCUUGCUGGUCACAAAACACAAUGUAAUGGGACUAUGUGUAAAGGUUCAUGGACAGAAUUUACUGUAAACUCAUCUAUGGUAGUGUGUUUAUAUCAGGUUUUACCUGUUAUCACUACUCAGGGGUUUUGGUAUUUACAUAUGGAUGGAGAGUGGUUAGAUCCACGAACAAAUAUAACUUACGAUGCCAAAUUUUGUGAGGAUACCGAUAAGGGAAUGGCUUGUAGAUUACAAACAGGAUAUCACAAUCCGUGCCUAACUGCCUCAGAGGUUGCAUUAUGUGACUGGACGCGGGAAGCUCCCACGGACAGAGUAUGGCAAGUUGGACCACAAACAUUGUGUGUAGCUGCUAUGUCUAAUCAUUCACAAUUGCCUGCAGUACCGUUCACGGGAUGUGUAAAAGAUGUGUAUAUCUGGACUUGGAGAAACCUGACCUAUCGUUUGACAAAUUAUUCAAUCUCUCACCAUUUUACCCAUGCGCAGUGGGAUAUUCUCCAUCUGCCAUGGAAGAUUUCCCUGGAUCGUUUCAGAGGCGCACUGGAGCGAUCCACAGAAAUACAAAGGUUAGUGAGGUCACAUAGGUCAAACAUCACAAGUCUGAUGAUAUCCACAUUAAUUGCAAAGGAUGAAGUUGUGGAUACGGCACAAAUUGUUGGACAGAAUUCAGCCCACCAUUGGUGGGACAUAUUUUCAGGAAUGUCUGUCACUGCCAAAUCAACACUAGUGCCGCCUUUGUUAUUACUUGUAUUAGCCAUAUGUAUCUUGACUCUGUGUAAUUUUGCCACAUGUUAUUAUGUACGACGCACUAGGCAGGAGGUAGAGUGGGUAAUUUUUCAACGUAUGAGAUGAAGGUUAGCUUGAUGUAUUACCUUGGAGCUUUUGGAAGAGAUGAAUUAAAGGUUACUUUACCGCCGUGGCCUACACAUGAAUAUCAUAUCAGCUAUUGGCAACCUAUAAUGAUUGCUCAAUGUAACUUUAUUGAUUUAACUUUACAAGACUUAUGGGGAUUUGUUGUUCACGAUGUGCUAAAUCAUGCUCCUUAUCCUGAGAUGUUUGAGGAUUUAACUUGGGAAGGGUUUGUGAAUUGAUGAAGAGCAUCAAGAGUGGAAUGUGAUAGUAAAAUCAUCACUGUUUGGUGUUGCUCUGAUCAAUUCACAAAUAAGGUAUGUGUGUGUGUUAAUCCGAAGGUGCUUGCAUAACAAGUUCAUGCAGAGUGCAUGGGCGGUUCACACAAGGUUCAUACUGAUGCUUUGCAUGGGCGGUUCACACAAAGUUCAUGGUGAACCAUUAGUGUUUAUCUGGGUCACUUUUACAUGAAACACCUGAAUCUUAUAUAACUGAAGUGUUUAUCUGGGUCACUUUUACACUAAACACCUGCAUGUUAUACAACACUUGUGUAAUCUAACCAAAUAUGGUAUUUUUGGAUAAACUUGCUUGAUGAGACUUACUGAUGC